UCCAAAGCAUCUAAUCACAUUUUCUUGAUUAUUAAAAAUUAGCUGGAGAUGAUCUGGUGUCAAAAUUCAAAGCAUUAAUUGCCCUGCGGUGCGGAAGCCUACAGAAGCUUGUAAAUUGUCAUCAUUAUUACCAUAGAGGAUAAUAAAGCUGCUGGAUGAUAGUGAUUUGUCAAAAGACUCCGCCCAUUAUCCGGAGAAGGUGGGAUUAAGCAGGAAUAGAUACUUCGAUACCCGUUCUACGCAUGCGCAUACAUCCUUCGGCUGAUAAUUUGUAGGACUUAAAAAAAUUUCGACAUUUAAAUUCAUCCUAAAGAUGUAGAUUGGUUCUUGGAGUAGCGAGGUACUUAAACGGAAUAGUGAUAAAGUGACAUUGGAGACGCGACUCGAGUGUUCAAGAUUAAGGACGUUAUGUCCGUCAGUCCUAAGCAUAGUACACCAUUCUCUGUGACAGAUAUAUUGAAUCCUAUUGAGGAGUUACAAAACUUUUCUAAUUUUAACUUACCACUACGCAAAACGACGUUCGGGGAGACAGGAAUCCCGGGCCUUGGGGCUUACAGUUAUCGCGGCUCGGGUUCGCAGGGAGGAGUCGGAAGUAUGAACAGUAUGAGUGCCAUGAGUGUGCCGGUCACAAACCCGUACCAUAACUACGUGCCGCCACUAAGCCAUCACACACCGAGCUUUACAUCCCAGUACUGUAACGGUGGGGAUUAUUACACAGACCCUAUGAUGCGGAAUGGAACCAACUGGUACAAUGCAGGUUCUCCUGACCAUAGGCUUACAAUUUCCCGCCUGAUGAGUGGUCAGAGCUCGUGCGCAAUGUCCCCGAUGUCGUCCGGUAUGAAUCACAUGAGCAACAUGGGAAUCCCUGGCUUAGAUCACAACAAGGCAAUGCAGUUCCCACUCACUCAACGCCGGAAACGGAGGAUACUUUUCUCUCAAGCACAAGUGUAUGAACUUGAGAGAAGAUUUAAACAGCAGAAGUAUCUCUCGGCCCCGGAGAGAGAACAUCUAGCCAGCAUGAUCAAUCUUACCCCAACUCAAGUUAAAAUAUGGUUCCAGAAUCACCGGUAUAAGUGCAAACGUCAACAGAAGGACAAAGACAAAUUAGACUCAAGUACAAGCUCAAAUACGAGCGAAAAUUCACCACAACAAUCUCAGAACACUCAGAGUUCGCCCAAAAAAGUGGCAGUUCCUGUUUUAGUCAAGGACGGGAAGCCAUGUUCUAAUAAUGGAAACACUGACUCUCAGAAUACACAACCUGCGCAUGCGCAACCCCGUGUGAGUUCCGCAUCACAUAAUCAGACUGGUUCCAGCCCUGUUCAUGUUCACAGCUCUUCUAGUGCCAAGGUAAAUGGUGCCCCUCACCUACAUGGAAAUACGAUGUCAUCUGUUAAUUCAUCUACGCAUUGUUUUUCAUCAUCAUCAUCAUCGUUGUCGUCUCCAUCGUCAGGGAUAUAUAAUAGCAUAAAUUACCCCACCCCGGCUGUAAUGAAUGGAGCCUCACCGUACUUACUUAGUGGACGAACAUGGUGACGGAACAUUGAAGACAAUCACGAAACGUGUUAAAGGAUUUUUAUUGUUUCCGUCUUCAUUGAUCAGUGUUUACCCUUCCCAAGUUUAACGCCCGUUAAACCUCUGCUUUAUUGGUUUGCACAAACGCAACGUGCUAUAAAAUAAAAGAUAGGAAAGAAUUUAGUUACACUCCCCAAACUUAGAGAUGACAUAAGGCGACUGUGACCAUUUAUGAACAUUUUAUUUAAACAUGCAGCUAUUUGCAUUGAUGCAUACUUUAAUACUUAGAUUUUAGGAGUUUUUUCUGUCGGCAAUAAAUACUCAUUGUCACCAGAGAAAUCCGCUUCAUCUAUCACAAUUUAUUUGGCACAUAUGACAGGACGUCCAUAUAAAAUAUAUCUAAGAUAUUAUUGAACCUUGUAGUUAUGUGUUGGGGCAUGAAAUUUAUUUCUAUCCCAAAGGUUUCUGUUAUUGAAAAAAAACAACAACAGAAAAACCUCGGAUACUUCAAUUUGUUCAUAAAAUGAAAAACACGGUCAUCAAGAAAUAAGCACAUUUAAAAAAAAAAAAAAAAACAGUUAUAUAAUGAAUCUACCCGUUAAAAAUCGCACAAGUUCUUUUUUCUAUAAUUGGGAUUUUAUAUAAUGUGCUUUUAUACUUUUAUUUAUACUUUUUUGUUUAUAAGCAGACUUUUACACUGUCAUAUGAAUUAAAUUUCCCAUCAACAAAGACGUGUUGUGUUCACGAAUAAAGUAGUAGUUUGUAAUCUGCUCCAUGAUUACUGUAUACAUUAAUCAAAAGCAUGCGUACACAGACCUACCAAUAACAUAACUACAGUAAUAAACAAUCAGAAGGAAAAAAUGAUUUAUAUUGCAACUAUCACUAUGGAAUUGUUAUACUUUAUUUUAUCUACUGCCAAAUUUCUUGAAUGGUUUUAAAUUUAACUAUUUAUGUAGAGUGCACGAACGAUCGUGCCGGAGGACCCUUUUGUCUCGUUUUCUAUGUACAGCUUACUAUUUGUCGUCCAGACCCUGGGAUAUAGUCUGUGUUCCAGAAUUAUUGUAUAAUUUAUAUGUUUAAGACGUUUAUUGGUUAAAAAUGACAAUCAAUAAAUUAUAUUUAAAGAAAUUGUA